AUGGAGGUACCAUCUCCCACCAAACCCAACGACCCAACAAAGCCUUCCAUCACCACUAUGAGUGUGGAGGCCGGCCAGGCCGAGGCGAGCCCACUCCGGAAAAUGUUUGCUGUCGCGUCCAUAGCUGCCGGCAUACAAUUCGGGUGGGCUCUUCAGCUCUCUCUGCUCACCCCCUACGUCCAGCUCUUAGGAGUCCCGCACGCAGCAGCCUCCUUCAUCUGGCUCUGUGGCCCCAUCUCCGGACUCGUCGUGCAGCCCAUUGUGGGUUACUACAGCGACCGAAGCACUUCCCGCUUCGGUCGAAGACGCCCCUUUAUCCUCGGAGGUGCAGUGGCCGUCGCCAUAGCUGUGUUCCUUAUCGGCUACGCAGCCGAUAUAGGAUACUCAGCUGGGGAUGACAUAACAAAGAAAACUCGUCCCCGUGCCGUUGCAGUGUUUGUCAUAGGAUUCUGGAUCCUAGACGUGGCUAACAACAUGUUACAGGGACCUUGUCGUGCGUUCCUAGCAGACUUAGCUGCCGGUGACCAGCGAAAAACGAGAAUAGCCAAUGGGUUUUUCUCGUUCUUCAUGGCCGUUGGCAACGUGCUGGGAUAUGCAGCAGGGUCUUUCAGUGCUCUGCACAAGAUCUUUCCCUUCACGCAGACCAAGGCGUGCGAUGUUUUCUGCGCCAACUUGAAAAGUUGUUUCUUUUUCUCCAUCUUGCUGCUGCUGUUUUUGGCCACGGUGGCUCUCAUUUACGUGAAGGACAAGCCCGUGAUCGCACAAGCGGUGCAAGAGGAUGCGCAGCCCUCGUGUUUCUUUCAGCUGUUCGGCGCGUUGAAGGAACUCAAGAAACCGAUGUGGAUGCUCAUGUUGGUGACUGCUAUCAACUGGAUCGGGUGGUUUCCCUACUUCCUGUUCGACACCGACUGGAUGGGGCGUGAGGUGUACGGCGGAACGGCCGGCGAGGACGCGUACGCGGCGGGGGUGCGCGUGGGGUCUCUGGGGCUGCUGUUAAACUCCGUCGUUUUGGGGUUCAUGUCGCUGGCGGUUGAACCGUUGGGGCGCAUGGUUGGUGGAGUGAAGAGGCUGUGGGCGAUCGUGAACUUCAUUCUCGCGAUUGGGUUCGGAAUGACCGUGGUGAUAACCAAGGUGGCGGAGCACCAGCGCCACUUGAACCCCGCCGCCGUGGGCCACCCCUCCGAUGGCGUUAAAAUUGGGUCCAUGAUUUUCUUCGCAGUUCUCGGAGUCCCCCUUGCGAUUACUUUCAGUGUUCCUUUUGCUCUAGCAUCAAUAUACUCCACUUCUGCAGGAGCAGGCCAAGGUUUAUCCUUGGGAGUCCUCAAUCUUGCAAUUGUGGUACCACAGAUGGUGGUGUCUGCAUUGAGUGGUCCUUGGGAUGCUCUGUUUGGUGGUGGCAACUUGCCGGCUUUCAUGGUGGGUGCGGCGGCGGCGGCCUUGAGUGCUAUAAUGGCGAUUGUCUUGCUGCCAACCCCAAAACCAGCUGAUGAGGCCAAGGCUGCAACCAUGGUAGCAGGGGGCUUUCAUUAG